AUGGCAAAUCAGGGAGUUGACCCGCUAUUUGAUAUUCGUGUGGCUUUUCUGACUGGAAAUUACCAGCAGUGUAUAAAUGAAGCACCAAAACUAAGUCUUGGAACCCCAGAACUGAAAAUUGAACGUGAUGUUCUUAUGUACAGAGCAUACAUUGCCCAGAAGAAAUAUGGUGUUGUUUUGGAUGAGAUCAAAGGUUCUAGCCCUCCAGAAUUGCAGGCAGUAAGAACGUAUGCAGACUUCUUAUCAAACGAGUCACGCAGAGAUGCUAUUGUGAGGGAACUGGAGUCCAAAAUGAGUGGUAAUGUGGAUCUCACCAACAGCACUUUCCUGCUUAUGGCUGGGUCCAUCUACUACCACCAGCAGAAUUAUGACUCGGCACUGAGAACACUGCACCAGUCUGACAAUAUUGAGUGCAUUGCUUUGAUGGUACAGACAUUAUUAAAACUAGACAGAGUGGAUCUUGCAAAGAAAGAACUGAAAAGGAUGCAAGAUUCUGAUGAAGACAAUAUUCUGACACAGCUGGCUCAAGCUUGGUUUAACUUGGUCAUAGGAGGAGAUAAAUACCAAGAUGCCUACUAUAUUUUCCAAGAGCUAGCUGACAAGCAUACAAGCACUCCUUUGUUGCUGAAUGGGCAAGCUGCGUGCUAUAUGGCUCAAGGAAAAUUUGAAGAUGCUGAAUCUGUGCUGCAAGAGGCAAUGGACAAGGACAGUAACAAUGCAGAGACAAUUAUUAACAUGAUUGUCCUUAGUCAGCACUUAGGAAAGGCACCAGAGGUGAGCAACAGGUAUCUUUCACAGCUCAAAGAUUCCCAUCGUAGUCAUCCAUUUGUCAAGGACUACCUGCAGAAGGAGUCUGAGUUUGAAAGGAUUGCCAAGAACUACUCUGCCUCAGUGCUAGCAUAA